GUAAGCAGCGACGCCGCCACUCACUCACCCUUUCAAGGCGAGCUAACAUGGCGAAUUACGAGCCACAGUUUCCAUAGCGGAAACCGGAUCUUUUACGCAUGCGCAGUCUCGUUCCGUAACCGUCGUCUGUUUUUGUUUGUGCUAGCGACUGAAACCGAGGAUACUGAACGUUUUCUGCCACCGUACGACGACCAAAGAAGGCCGAAUCGAUCCAGAAGCGUGCUCACGGUGUUCCGCUAUGGGUGCCGCUUCGAGCACCGAGGCCGAGAGGGAGCCGCUUCUCGUGCCGUCCCACGCCGCGGCGUCGAGACCUGCGCCGCCUGUCAACAGCCGAGUGUACGGCCGAAGAUGGCUGGUCCUCUGCCUGUUCUCCCUGUUGGCCCUCUUGCAGGGGAUGGUGUGGAACUUUUGGGGGCCCAUUCAGAACUCGGCGGCCCACGCUUUCGGCUUCACCAAGUCCGACAUCGCGGUGCUGGUCCUGUGGGGUCCGGUGGGCUUCGUCCCGUGGCUGCUCUUCAUGUGGCUCAUGGAUAAAAGAGGUCUUCGGGCAUCCCUCCUGCUGUCGGCUUUCUUCAUGCUGCUGGGGGCGGUGCUACGGAGCCUACCCCUAUCGGACCCGAUUCUCCGGCGCUGGUUAAUCCACGGCGGUCAGCUCCUGAAUGGUUUGGCCGGUCCCACCAUCAUGAGCGCCGGCCCCUUCCUGUCCACCACGUGGUUCGCCCCGGACCAGCGGGCCACCGCCACCGCCGUGGCGUCGCUCUUUUCUUACCUGGGCGGAGCUGCCGCCUUUGUAGCGGGACCCCUGCUUGUGCCCGCCCCCAACGGCACCCAGGCAGUGGGCCACCGGGUGUCAGUGCCAGCGCCUGCAUUGGAUGGCGCCAUCCGGGAGAAGAUCCAGCUGGUUAUGUACACGGAGCUGGCCGCCAUCGCUGCGCUGUUUGCAGCUGUCCUCUUCUACUUUCCCUCGCGCCCGCCGCUUCCUCCCAGCGUGGCUGCCGCCAGCCACAGGCUCAGCUACAGGAGCAGCAUCUCCAGAUUGCUCAGUAACCUCCGCUUCCUGAUGAUAGCUCUGGCCUACGCAGUGCCCACAGGAGUGAUCGCCGGCUGGGCAGGCGUCCUUGACAUGAUCCUCACACCGGCCAAAGUCAGCCAGGUGGAUGCAGGCUGGAUUGGCUUCUGGUCCACGGUGGGUGGCUGCGUCUUUGGGGUGGCCAUGGCCAGGUUUGCGGACUCCAUCCGGGGGAUGCUGAAGCUGAUCCUGGUGCUGAUGCUGGCCGGAGCCUCGCUGUCCUCCACCUGGUUCACGCUCACCUGCCUCACUCGCCUCACGCACUUGCCCUCCAACGCGGCCAUCUUGUACACGUCGUGUAUCCUGGUGGGCAUCUUCAUCAACAGCAGCGUGCCCAUCUUCUUCGAGCUCUUCAUCGAGACGGUCUACCCGGUCCCCGAAGGCAUCACGUGCGGCGUGGUCACCUUCCUGGGGAACCUGGUCACCGGCCUGCUCCUCUUCUUCCUCACCUUCUACUGUACUGCAAGAUUGACUCAACGGGACGCUUUCAUUGUGUAGCCUCCAAGCGAGUGGGAGAAAAUGAUUUUUUUUAAAGGACUCUAAGGAUGUUUGUUUGUUUACACAAAGCGUGGGAACGGGAAGGUUGUUUGUUCAUCUUGUACCGAAACGUUCCCCCUUUGCUGUCUUUGUACUGUUAUGUCGUCGACUUCCCCUGGUGGCCUUUGCCUUGUAAAUGUCUUCAGCGCUCCAUGUGGGAAAAUUCUCCAGCACCUUAUUAUUAAAAAUGUUUUAUGAAUAACAAGGCUCUUAAUGAUUGACUUGAGCAGGACAGAAUGUGAUUGGUCUUGAGAUGAAACACUUCAGGUAAGUGAUGGUUAGAAUACAAACGAAACUCUUGAGACAGGAAAUGAAAGUUCUGAAUAAAAUUCAACGUAGGGUAAAUACGAGUUAAAAGUUUAGGACUUUAUUCUUGGAACUACUAUUCUGUUAAUGUCACAACUUUAUUCGUGCGACUUUAUUUUUUUGACUUUAUGGCUUUCUUUUUGUUAUAUUACUUUUAUUCCGGGAAAAUAAAACUCUUUAACAUUGAUUUUUUUUUUUAUUACUAAUAGUACUACAAGUUUUUUGCUACAUUGUAACUGAAUUCUCCUAACUUUCCAACUAUUCUUAACAUUGACUAUUUUCGUAACUGAUUUUUUCCCCCUCUUGUACAGCGUGUAUGUGUGUAUAUAAUAUAUAUGACUAUAUUCUUAGAAAGGUACAACCAUUCGAGUAGUAUUCCAACUUUUUUGUAACUACAACUUUAUUUUCAGAAAAAUGUGACUUCAAUCUUGUAACAUUACAACUUUUUUCUUGUUAAUUUAUGAUUGGAAUUCUCAAUAACAUGACAACAAUUUUCAUAAGUAUAUCCCUAACUUUACGACUUUCUCCCUGUUGGAUAGUUUAAAACUUUUUUUUUUAAGUGCUUCAUGAAUAAAUUAGAAUUUGCUAACAUUACGAGUAUUCGAAUAAUAUUGCAACUUAUUGUAACUUUAUGACUGUUCUUGGAAUUCUGUCACUACUUUUUCAGAAAAAUGUCAUUCUUGUAAUAUUCUUGAUCUCUGGGGAAAAUAAUCUCUCAUAACAUGACUUUUUUUGUUUUGUUUUGUUAAAGCGACUUUAUUUUCACAUCUUUCUUUUCGGACAUCUUCAAUGGCUUUUGUUUGGUUUUUAAAGUGCUUCAUAACUAAAUUAGAAUUUGCCAAGAUCACGACUAUUUCUUUUUGUAACUAUUCUUGGGAUAUUGCCACUAUGUUCGGGAAAAAAAAUAUUUUUGUUAUAUUUUCACAAUAAAAAAUGUGACUACA